UGGUGUCACAAUUACCCCCUUUUGCAAGCCUAUCCCCCUUCCCUCACCUCACGUUCAGUCUAAGUCCAAAUCUGUCCAGUCUUUCUUCUAAAUGCAGCUCAGAUUCGUUCACUUCGCGGCUUUCCUCUCUUCUGCUAGACCAGGCCGCCAUCUUGUGACUGGGCUCAGGAAUAGCUUCCUAAGUGGUUUUCUGGCCUCAGAAAUCUUUUACAAACAUAAAUUGAUCUUGUUACUGCUCUAAUGAAACUCCUUGGGUCAGUACUUUCCAUUGCCCAAGUUCUCCCUGGAAGCACUCUGCCCGCGCUCCCCGCCCCUCCCCCUUCAUUGUCCGUUGACUUGUCUCCCGUACUAGAUGGUGUACUCUGUGGGGGUAGUGACUUUGUGCAAUAUUGUAUCCCCAACACCUGAUGCAGUGAUUGAAUGAAUGUCUGUUGAAUUAAUAUGAAAGAAGUUUCCCCUCUCAUUCCCCUGUUGCUGGGUCCUUGUCCCCAUGCCGGUAUGUUAGACCCCAGAAUGGCCGUGGGUGAGGACGCUCUGUCCCUCUGGCUGUUCAGGCACUGAUUUCCACCCCCAAAGGAUGUUGCCUCUCCCCUUCGUCUGCGCCACCUUCUCUUCCACCAAUAUAAGGCCAAACUGGAGGCUGGUGGGCAGUCAUGCAUGUUAUGGCGGGCCCUGCAGGUAGCCGGAAUCUGGGCCCCCCCCAAGCCCUGUACAUGGUCCUCUUAAUAAUGCUGGUCCUGAUGAGCUUGGCGUUUGGUGAGUUUGAGCGUUAUGAUCAAGAACCCCUUCAUCAGAUUCAUUUAAAUAAAUACCUAAGCUGCUAUCGAUGCCUCUUGGAGACCAAGGAGUUGGGAUGCCUUCUGGGAUCUGACAUCUGCCUCGCCCCAAAGGGCAGCAGCUGCAUGACUCUGCUCAUAGAGAACAACAGUGGUUCGGAGAUCGUGGUGAGUGACUGCCGCAGCAAGGAGCAGAUGAGUGAUCGCUCGUACACCCACACUCCUCCAGUGCUGGGCUUCUAGAUAUUCUCUCGAUGCUGCUUCCAGAAUUUCUGCAAUAACCCUCAGAACAGAAUAAAAUAUGGUCCUUAGAACUUCCAUAGAGACCUCUGGAGAAAAAACCGGCCAAUUUCCAGCCAUCCUCCUGAUUUCCACCUGGGGGCAGCCAGAACGAUGUCCAUCCCCACCCACCAGCCCUCCCUGCCGCCCUCAGCAGCAGCUACUAGACCCCAGUCCUAUCUGUCUCUUGGUUGACGCCCCUCAACACCCCUAUUCCCACUCUGCCCCUUCCCUAGGCUCCCUCUCCAGAAUUCUCUGGAGUUUUCCUUCAAGGCCUCAGUCUGACAUCUUUCCUCCUGUCUGUUCCCACCUCAAGGAUGCCCCUUUGCCCUGCUUUGCUUCUUUUCCCACCAUGGUCCUCUCUUGUCCAA